AUGCCUCCAGAUAUACACGCCGUCAACGAAUACACGUUGAACGAAGUGACCAACAACCAGAGCCUGGUGUCAACGCGGAUGACCGUUAAAGAGUACAAGAGAAUUGGAGAAGGAGCGUUUGGAACCGUAGUAGAAGCCGUAUUGAAAUACGCCGACGGCACAGAUGUUCAUUCAGAAUGGCUCGGUCCCUUUGCCAUAAAGCGAGUACCAGCACAAACAGAGUACAAAUCGCGAGAGCUUGAGAUCUUGAGAUUGGUCAACCAUCCCAACAUCGUCAGCUUAAGGUUCUAUUUCGACAAAGCCAGCUCCAGUUCCCAUGAUAAAACCAUUUACCAGAACCUCGUCAUGGAAUGCUUGCCUUCCAACUUGCAAAGCGAAAUCAAAUAUUAUAGACAAUCCAAAUACACCAUCCCCUAUCCUCACAUGAAAGCAUAUACGUUCCAGUUGGCGAGAGCGAUGCUCUAUUUGCAUGGCUUUGGCAUUUCCCACAGAGACAUCAAACCUUCCAAUAUCUUGGUAGAUCCCCUGACUGUAGUAUUGAAGGUUUGUGACUUUGGCAGUGCGAAAAAGUUAGAGCCGAACCAACCAUCUGUAAGCUAUAUCUGUUCGAGAUACUAUAGAGCUCCAGAGUUGAUUGUAGGGUGUUCGUUAUAUUCCACCAAGAUAGACAUAUGGGGUUUGGGCUGUGUCGUAGCGGAGAUGUUUUUAGGUAAACCCAUUUUCCAGGGCCAAUCGCCCGAGUCACAACUCAAGGAGAUCUCCAAGUUACUUGGGCCCCCUCCCAACACGUUUUUCUUUAAGAGCAAUCCACAAUAUAGAGGCAACAUGUAUACAACCAAGCUUUUCAGCUGUACGGUAGAAGAAAGAUUCAGGCAGAUAUUCAGCAAUUCUCCACCAGACGCCAUUGACUUGUUGUUGAAGAUCUUGGUUUAUGACCCAGACAUGAGAGCCAGUCCCAGAAGAGUAUUGGUACAUCCGUUCUUCAAUGAGUUGAAGAAGAAAGAGUUCCAAGUUUAUCCGCGUGGCUCUUCGGAACCGAUACAACUCAAUUUGUUUAACUUCAGCGAGUUUGAAUUGUCGUUGUUGGGGUCCUUGAAAGAUGAAUUGUUAGCGAGAUAG